GUGUCGCUGGGUGAGGGGAGGGGGGGGCUGCUCGGCCCUGCGCACUGAGGGAUGUUUGGCCGCCAUCGCGGCGGACGAGGAGGAGGCGCAGGAGGCUGAGGGAGCCGCUGCCGCCGCAGAAACUGAGAAUAGACAGCCGCCUGGGCCUGCCUCGGCUCGGCGCUUCGCCCGCCGGCCCGCCCGCCCUCGGGAGUGAAGGUCGCCGCCGCCGGCCGCUUGAGGGGAAUUCUCCCCGGCCCCUUCCCCUCUCCCCGUCCCUCAGGAAGGGGGCUCUGCUCCCGGCGGGCACGAAGAUGUCGAACCUGAGCAAAGGGACGGGCAGUCGGAAGGACACCAAGAUGCGGAUCCGAGCUUUCCCGAUGACCAUGGAUGAAAAAUACGUAAACAGCAUUUGGGAUCUUUUGAAAAAUGCAAUUCAAGAAAUUCAGCGUAAGAACAACAGUGGUCUCAGCUUUGAGGAACUGUAUAGGAAUGCAUAUACUAUGGUAUUACAUAAACAUGGAGAGAAACUAUACACUGGACUACGAGAAGUGGUUACUGAGCAUCUUAUAAACAAGGUGCGAGAAGAUGUGCUAAACUCAUUAAAUAACAACUUCCUCCAAACAUUAAACCAAGCAUGGAAUGAUCAUCAGACAGCUAUGGUGAUGAUUAGAGACAUUUUGAUGUAUAUGGACCGUGUAUAUGUACAACAAAAUAAUGUGGAAAAUGUCUACAAUUUGGGAUUAAUAAUCUUUCGAGAUCAAGUUGUACGUUAUGGGUGUAUUAGGGAUCAUCUACGACAGACAUUAUUGGACAUGAUUGCAAGGGAACGGAAAGGAGAAGUUGUAGACAGAGGAGCAAUAAGAAAUGCUUGUCAGAUGUUAAUGAUUCUAGGCCUUGAAGGAAGAUCAGUCUAUGAAGAAGACUUUGAAGCUCCAUUUUUAGAGAUGUCAGCUGAAUUCUUUCAGAUGGAAAGCCAGAAAUUUUUAGCAGAAAAUAGUGCAUCAGUUUAUAUAAAGAAAGUAGAAGCUAGAAUUAAUGAAGAAAUUGAACGUGUGAUGCAUUGCCUUGAUAAAUCAACUGAAGAGCCAAUUGUAAAAGUUGUUGAGCGAGAGCUUAUUUCCAAGCAUAUGAAGACUAUCGUGGAAAUGGAGAAUUCUGGCCUAGUUCAUAUGCUGAAAAAUGGAAAAACAGAAGAUCUUGCUUGUAUGUACAAGUUGUUUAGCCGUGUGCCGAAUGGUCUAAAGACAAUGUGUGAGUGUAUGAGCUCCUACCUGCGGGAGCAAGGGAAAGCGCUUGUAUCUGAAGAAGGAGAAGGAAAGAACCCAGUUGACUAUAUUCAGGGUUUACUGGAUUUGAAGAGUAGGUUUGACCGCUUCCUUCAAGAAUCUUUUAAUAAUGACAGGCUCUUCAAACAAACUAUUGCGGGUGACUUUGAGUACUUCCUCAACCUCAAUUCUAGGUCUCCAGAGUAUCUCUCAUUAUUUAUUGAUGACAAGCUAAAAAAAGGAGUCAAGGGACUAACUGAGCAAGAAGUAGAGACUAUAUUGGACAAAGCAAUGGUUCUGUUUAGGUUUAUGCAAGAGAAGGAUGUAUUUGAGCGAUACUAUAAACAGCACUUGGCAAGGAGGCUUCUGACAAACAAAAGUGUUUCAGAUGACUCUGAGAAAAAUAUGAUAUCUAAGUUAAAGACUGAAUGUGGAUGUCAGUUUACAUCAAAACUGGAAGGAAUGUUCAGGGACAUGAGCAUCUCAAAUACAACAAUGGAUGAAUUUAGGCAACAUCUACAGGCAACAGGGGUCUCAUUAGGUGGUGUUGAUCUGACAGUGCGGGUUCUCACAACGGGCUACUGGCCCACUCAGUCAGCCACACCAAAGUGCAACAUUCCCCCAGCCCCCAGACAUGCUUUUGAAAUAUUUAGGAGAUUUUAUUUAGCCAAACAUAGUGGACGACAACUGACACUCCAGCAUCACAUGGGUUCUGCAGAUCUCAAUGCUACCUUCUAUGGUCCUGUAAAAAAAGAAGAUGGCUCAGAAGUUGGUGUAGGAGGUGCCCAAGUAACUGGCUCUAACACACGGAAGCACAUAUUGCAAGUCUCCACUUUCCAGAUGACGAUACUAAUGCUCUUUAACAACAGAGAAAAAUACACAUUUGAGGAAAUACAACAGGAGACAGAUAUCCCCGAAAGAGAGCUUGUACGAGCGCUACAGUCCCUUGCAUGUGGAAAGCCAACACAACGGGUUCUCACAAAAGAACCAAAAUCAAAAGAAAUAGAAAAUGGACAUAUAUUUACAGUGAAUGAUCAGUUCACAUCCAAACUGCACAGAGUCAAGAUUCAAACAGUUGCUGCCAAACAAGGAGAAUCGGACCCAGAAAGAAAAGAAACUAGACAGAAAGUAGAUGAUGACAGAAAACAUGAGAUAGAAGCUGCUAUAGUGCGGAUAAUGAAAUCUAGGAAGAAGAUGCAACAUAAUGUGCUAGUAGCAGAGGUAACUCAGCAACUGAAGGCACGAUUCCUACCAAGUCCAGUUGUUAUUAAAAAGCGUAUUGAAGGACUUAUUGAGAGAGAAUAUUUGGCACGAACACCUGAGGACCGCAAAAUAUACACUUACGUAGCAUAAAAUGUGUUCUGCAAAUAUGAUUUAUUCUGGACUAUACUCUUCGCAUGAACUGGGAAGUUCUUUUAAAUCAUUAAAUAUUAAGACGACCAUCUCUUCUAUUAAAUUACAAUACAUGUUCUAGACCAUUCAGAUCAAGCCUUUACUCCUUUGGAGAGUUUUUCAACAUCAAAAUGAUUGAGCUUCAAGCUUCUCAGCGUUUAUCCCUGUAGAGAUCAUCCUUACAGUUCCUCGGGAAAAUGUGAAUGUGCCGCGUUUUUGUUUUCAACACUGUAUGAAAACAGGAAAAAAAUAAAAACAAAUUUAGAAAAUACAGCUCAUUAAAAAAUAAAAUUGUUGGAAUUUCA